CUUCUUUCAAUCUACCAAGGUCAUAGAUACUAAUGAAAAUCAAGAAUAAGAUGGAACUAAAGAGACCAACCCCAAUGAGGAGCUCCACUAUUACACGAGAUCAUAUUAGAUAUUAUGACUUCCAUCAAGACCAUGCCCACAUGACUGAAGAAAGCAAUAACCUAAAAUCUAAGUUGGAAGAUCUAACCCCAAUAGGAACGUUGAGUGAAUACAUCCAGAAGGCAGAUCAACCUAGAUUCAUUAGAGUACAAGGACCACAACCACAAGGAUCCCAUAAUGCAAACAACAAAGAGGGAGUUGGGUAUCAACAAGCUCCACCACCCCUUCCUUUUCCAGCCAAAAUUAUUCACCUGAUAAUGGAUGGACUUGAAGUAGGAGGUUUGAGUUCCAAGCAACGAAAAUUGUAUGUCAGAGAAGUCAAGCACCAAAGCCGAGCUCAGAAGAGGAACUUUGACGAUGUAAAAUGGAAGAACCAGCCUAUAACUUUCAUAUCUGCUGACUUUGAAGGGGUUGUAACACCACACAAUGAUCCAUUGGUCACUUCCAUCAUGAUUAACAAUUGUGAAGUACAACAUGUCCUUGUUGACACUGUGUCUAUGCACAAGCUCAGCACCAAUCCCUUGAAAAAGCCAGUUGCACAGAAUCGACGUCUCUUUGGGGGAGAGAGGCUUAAGGUGAUUAAGGAGGAGGUAGAGAAACUCUUACGAGCUAGCUUUAAAACAGGGGUUGAUUAUUGUGAAUGGGUUGCCAACCUUGUUUUACUCAAAAAGGGUAAUGGUAAAUGGAGGAUGUGCAUCAACUACACUGAUCUCAACUAGGCCUGUCUUAAGGACUGCUACCCAAUGCCAAGUAUUGAUAAGUUGGUUAAGGCAGCAUCUAGGCAUGAGAUAUUAAGUCUCUUAGAUGCAUACUCAGGCUAUCAUCAAGUCUUGAUGGUCCAAGAAGAUGAGAAAAAAAAACUUCCUUCUAUGUUGGUGAUGAAAUCCACUGUUACGUCAUGAUGCCUUUUAGUUUAAAAAAUGCAAGUGUUACCU